AUGCGCUCGCUAUCCCCCUGGCUUCUCGCUGUCGCCGCCGGCAUAGGAGCGGUGGCCGGUGUAGCAGCAACGCCAACAAAAGCACAAGAUGGCAUCACAAGCAAAGCUUCUCGGGCCACUCCCACGGGAGGAAAUGCCUGUAGCAUCGCACAAGCAGCUGCCAUCUCAUUCCUUUCGGCAAGACCCAGCGCGACGGUGGUCCCGAUACCCCCUUCAGUGGCGUUCGCGUGCCUGAACUCUGUCGGCGUCAAGAAGCAGAAGGACUUGGAUCUUCUCAAUUACCUCGAGCCAUACAUCGCCUUCCAGAGCACUUUGGAGCCUCUCGCGGACCCUCCUGAGGGUUAUCUGAUCCCUGGCGUCGAUGUCAUCGGCGGCUUCGGCCAGAUUCGCGCCAAGCUCAAAAAGGAUCUGUAUGAGAGCCAGGUCGAAUUCGCUCUGGACCUUACACGCGUUUUUGCUCAGACAGCCGAUGGGCACUUUGACUACAAUCCCGCAAUCCUCAACGUCUUCGCGUUCCGCAGUCUCAACUCACUGGUCUCCGUCUCUGACGAUGGCCUCAGCGUUCCGAGAGUGUAUCUCUACGAAGACUUCAUCAAGUCUGCUGUCAACAACACCGACGUAUGGGAUAUCCAGAGCAUCGAUGGUGUACCCAUCACGAAAUGGCUCGAGGCGCAAUCCUUCAAAGUCAGCACCCAAGACCCGGACGCCAAGUACAACGCUCUGUUCCGAACCAACGCCGCCACGGACUUCCGGGGCAGUGCCAACUACUUUACUCUUCGGUACGCCGGAGAGGCUCCGGAUACUCAAGUCAUCAAGUUCACGAACGGCACAGAGUACACGGACGAGCUGGUUGCUUUCAUCAGCAGGGCUUUGGUGCCCUUUCUCGGCAGCCCGGAGUCUAUUCACUCGGUAGUCGAGCUGCCUCGGACCACCACCACGUCAUCAACCACUACUAGAUCGUCUUCUACAGCGUCACCCACCUCGACGCGUAUUCCGAGAUACCCUCUGCCGGUAGCAAAGCACGCAAGCAACUGGAUCUCCGGCUACUUCCUCAGCGGCAGCGACUACAAAGACACCGCCGUCCUCGCAGUUCUCUCCUUCGCCCCGUCACAGCUCGAUAGCGCAAACGGCACUUUCGAGAUCCUCGAGGCCAAACGAGUCGUUGACGAGUUUCUCAAAAAGGCCAAGGAGGCGGGCAAGACCAAACUCAUCGUCGAUGUCCAGGGCAACGGUGGUGGAUUCGUGGCCGCCGGCUUCCAGCUCUACAACCAGCUCUUCCCCAAGGACACGGAUGUCUGGGACGGGAACCGGCUACGCGCCCACGAGGCGCUGAACGCCAUCGGUCUGACAGCCCAGCGCGUAUCGCCGAGGGUUCUCGCAGACUUCAACAAAGCCAACCUCGACGAAAACAGGAGGCCUUACAAGAGCUGGCAGGCUCUCUACGGGCCGGAGAUGGUGGCGGGCCAAAACGUGACGAAUAUCUUGCGCCUUAACCAGGGCGGAGUCCCCUUCGGCCGGAGCAACGGCGACCAGGUCUUCAAACCUCAAGACAUCGUCGUUGUGACCGACGGCGUCUGCGCAUCAACCUGCACCAUCUUCACCGGACUUCUGGUACGAGAACAGGGCGUCCGCACGAUUGCCCUCGGAGGUCGUCCCCGAGAGGCUCCCAUGCAGGCUCUCGGUGGCGUGGAGGGCGCAGAAGUGCUCACAUUUGCUUCCUUGCGGGCCGUCAUCGCACAAACCGCCCGCGACGCGAUCCGGGUCGACUACCUCGACUACCUAGACGAUGCGUUCGACGUCCUCCCCGACAUUGGCGAGCCUCCGCUGCUGCCGUCCCUUGCGAGGUCCGGCGGCCGGUUCAACUACCGCAACGCCUAUUCGCGUGACAACGUCGACGGAUACCCGGAGCAGUUCAUCUACGAGGCUGCCAAUUGCCGUCUCUUCUACACCACCGAGAUGAUUGUCGACCCCGUGGAGGUUUGGACUCGGAGCGCUGACGUCGCUUGGAACAAGGCCAGGUGCGUCAAGGGGUCGACGGCGAGAUCCGACGGGACCAUCAGCGGCGAGAUUGUGCCCUUCAGCAGCAAGGUCGUCGGACUAAACUUGGACUACGACGGGCCGGGGAGUCUGUCAUACAAGGGCGACUACGAGCCACCUUCGCCCUACGUUCAGAGACGGAGCACGACGAAGAGGCGGUCCAUUGUAGACCAUCUAAGAGCCCCCAAGGACUUCGAGUAUGAAUUCAACGAGUUCAAGGUUGGGAACCUGAGAGAAUACAUCGAGAAGAACGUUCCGGAGGACUUUGAGUACGAGCCGGGGCUCCAGAUCGGCAUCAGUCAUGCGUUCCAGAAGCGACUGGUAUAG